AUGGCCCAAGUUGGAUCGGGCAAUGUCGACAAUGACCAAAAAAAUUUCAUUUUCAGGAUGGAAAAGCAGUUAAAUAAGUUAUUUGGAUUUUUGAUUUUUAUGCAAUUUUUUAUUUCCAUACUUAAUUUGUGUACAUCUUGUUUUUAUAUAACAAAAUUGCAGUAUGAUAAUACAUUUUUCUUAUCCACAAUUUGUAUGUCAAUUUCAUUUCUUUUUCAAAUUUUUUUAUAUUGUUGGUUUGGCGAGUCGAUGUCUCGAAGGAGUUUGGCUGUUGCUGAUAUAAUAUACCAAAUGGAUUGGAACGUAUUGAGUAAACAGACUAAACAAACACUAUUAAUAAUAAUGAUGCGAGCUAGUCAUCCAAUAAAACUCACCGGAUCAUCUUUAAUUAUAGUGUCAAUUGAAACUUUUUUAAAGAUUUUAAAAGUUUCUUAUUCUGCUUUUAAUUUGAUAAGGAAUGUAAGUUAA